AUGCCUGAUAAGCCUAAUUGUACCAUAGACACCGGCAGUCACAGUGAAGUAAGAACACAUCUAACAUGUACCAUAGACACCGGCAGUGACAGUGAAACACCGGGUCACAGUGGAGUAAGAACACAUCUAACAUGUACCAUAGACACCGGCAGUGACAGUGGAGUAAGAACACAUCUAACAUGUACCAUAGACACCGGCAGUGACAGUGGAGUAAGAACACAUCUAACAUGUACCAUAGACACAGGCAGUGACAGUGAAGUAAGAACACAUCUAACAGGUACCAUAGACACCGGCAGUGACAGUGGAGUAAGAACACAUCUAACAUGUACCAUAGACACCGGCAGUCACAGUGGAGUAAGAACACAUCUAACAUGUACCAUAGACACCGGCAGUCACAGUGGAGUAAGAACACAUCUAACAUGUACCAUAGACACCGGCAGUCACAAUGGAGUAAGAACACAUCUAACAUGUACCAUAGACACCGGCAGUCACAGUGGAGUAAGAACACAUCUAACAUGUACCAUAGACACCGGCAGUGACAGUGGAGUAAGAACACAUCUAACAGGUACCAUAGACACCGGCAGUGACAGUGGAGUAAGAACACAUCUAACAUGUACCAUAGACACCGGCAGUGACAGUGGAGUAAGAACACAUCUAACAUGUACCAUAGACACCGGCAGUCACAGUGGAGUAAGAACACAUCUAACAUGUACCAUAGACACCGGCAGUCACAGUGGAGUAAGAACACAUCUAACAUGUACCAUAGACACCGGGUCACAGUGGAGUAAGAACACAUCUAACAUGCCCGAUAAGCCUAAAUGUACCAUAGACACCGGCAGUCACAGUGAAGUAAGAACACAUCUAACAUGUACCAUAGACACCGGCAGUGACAGUGGAGUAAGAACACAUCUAACAUGUACCAUAGACACCGGCAGUGACAGUGGAGUAAGAACACAUCUAACAGGUACCAUAGACACCGGCAGUGACAGUGGAGUAAGAACACAUCUAACAGGUACCAUAGACACCGGCAGUCACAGUGGAGUAAGAACACAUCUAACAUGUACCAUAGACACCGGGUCACAGUGGAGUAAGAACACAUCUAACAUGUACCAUAGACACCGGCAGUCACAGUGGAGUAAGAACACAUCUAACAUGUACCAUAGACACCGGGUCACAGUGGAGUAA